AUUUUAUUUUAUUUUGGGAUAAGGAAUUGUUAUUUUAAAAAAGGCCAAAGUCAUAUGCGGCCACUCAAACUUGUCUCGAUUAUUCACUUAGACAACUCAACUAGACGUACUACCUAUUGAACACCUUAACCACCCCGAUUUGAACCGUAAAAUCAUUUUUUGCCCACAUGGCAAAUCGUUUGUGAUUCACGCAAAUGAAGCGCGUGAAUUUGUUUUUUUCUCAUUUUUUACACUGCCUACAUGGCAGCAACGGUAACAUUGCACUUCAAUGUUAAAGUUGAAGUGAAAUCCCCAAUUCUCUUCCCCAAAAUCAUCUUCUCCAAUUAGUUGAAGUGAAAUCCCCAAUUCUCUUCCCCAAAAUCAUCUUCCCCAAUUUCUCUUCCCCAAAAUCCAUUUAGAACCCUAAAUCUCCAAUUCUCUCUUCUACUUCUAAAUCUCCAAGUUUCUCUCUUCUUCUCUAAAUAUCCAAGUUUCUCUCUUCUUCUCUAAAUCAAUUCUCUUUUAUCAAAUGUCGCAAAUUUCAGUAAAUAUCGAUGAAGUUGAUAUAUGCAAGUGUGGUUAUUAUUGUCGACUGAAAACUUCGAGGACUCCUUUGAACCCAGGUCGUCGAUUUUUUGGAUGCAAAUCAUCAAAGGAAAAUGGUGGAUGUGGAUAUUUUAGAUGGAUUGAUCCGUCGCUUGAAAAUGUUGAUGAAUCAUCCUCAAUGAAUAGACUCAUAGACGGUCAAAAUCCGAUUGAUCGACUAAAGAGAAAAGUGAAAGAGCUUGAAGAAGAAAAAGAUUCUUUGAAAUUUCAAUUGAAUGAAAGUGAAGUGAAAUUGAUGGUAUUGAACAAGAAGCUUAAGGAAGUUAAACUCCAAAGGGAUUGGGAAAAUGUCAAAUUUAAUCGAAUUGUGAUUGUUUUUCUUUGUCUACUAACUAUUAAAUGGUUCUUUAAUAUUUUGUAGUUGAUAGUAGUUCAGGAUUGUAAUACUUAAUUGUUUAGUUUUGCAGUAGUUAGGUAGUUAUUCUAGAUCAAUUAGUGAUGUUUUAAUUGGUAU